UGGGAGGCGAAAUACCAUGGUCUCGGGGAAGCUAUUGAAAUGCGUCUGCCUCCGCCGUGUGAAGAAGAGAUCUCAAAGACUCCCAAACAAAAGAAAAGAAAUAGGGGUCGUCUACAAAUACCCCGAGGCGAAAGAAAAGCAAAGCUCGAAAUCCCAAGGCUAACACCGUGGCCCUAUCUCCAGAAAUGGCUCAACGCCUUCGGGAAAAAGAGGAAAAGGAAGAGGAAGAGGAAGAGGAAGAGGAAGAGGAAGAGGAUGAUGACUGCCUCCUAGUAGCUCGGCAAAGAGGAAGCUCUGACGCUCCGAAGACCGAUGAACCGACAGUGACGGAGGCAGUUCAAUCUCGAACCGAAGAAAUUUUAGAGGGGCGCUCGAGCAAGGUCCCCAAACCAUCAGGCAGAAAAGGUGUACCUUUUCCUGGGGGACGUUUGGUGAAUGAUCUCGAAGAGCCUAACUCCGAGGCAUUUCAAAGAUAGGAUAACACCCUUAGUGAUUCACUUGGGGUAAUUAACAUAGAUGACUCGUCGUAGGGCCCGGUGUUUUCUGAAGGGCAACUCCGAGAUGCCCAGGACAUAGAGACUCCUGAUAUGGCAGCGACUCAUGAAGAGAACGAUAUUUUUCGGGAGUGUCUCACGGGAAUUGAAGAAUGUCCCGAUCUUGAUGCCUCGUUUAUUUUUGACGAAGCUGAGAAGCUCCUCAAACAAGUAUAUUUUGUCUUUCAUUAUUUUGAGUUUAAUCUCUAUCUUUCUGAUUCUGACCUCCUUUUCUUGUAAGAAGGCCGUGUCGCUUCACCGACGAACAUUCGCCAAAUCUCGAACUGAGAUUUUCCGAUGUGAAACCGAGCUUAAGAAAGUCUCGAAAGAGAGGGACAGUCUUAAAAUCCUCUAUGUCAAGAAAGAGGGGGAGAUCAUCGAUCUACGAGUUGAAUUGACGAAAGCUUGCCAAGAACGAUCUAAGUUUAUUAAAAAGUUUCAUCAGAAGGGCGAAUCGGUGUUGCAGCUUCUGGAGGAUCCUAAGAUGAAGGAGGCCGAGACCUUGGGGUGGAGACAAGGCAUGGACAAUCUUGUCUCUGAGAAGGAAACUCUUCGAGAGUAGCUGGCUUCACUCGAACACCAGCUUCAAAAUGUGAAGAAUGAGAUCCUAGCUUGAGGCUGUAGAAUCGAGGAGCUUAAAGCUAGAUCUGCUGCUGAGCCGGCCAAAGCCAAAUCUGACACUGAGGCAAUUAUGUCUUCGUACCGAGCUAAUGGUGAAGCCGCUAAUGCUCGGGAAAAUGAGAUCUCUUCUGCGGCAGAAGUCAAGCUAUCUAUCAAGUGCACUUGACCAUGAUAGGCGACAAUCCCGGAGGGUAACUCUAGAGGAGGUACAUGCUCGCGGCUUUGAUCUCUCAGCCGAUAUUGAAAGGACGAAGAUUUUGGAAGAAGAGGCUGCCACUCAGCUUUCUGAUGAGGAUGAUUCAGCCAGUGGCUCUAAGAGUGGAGGAGACGAAGAUGAAGUCCCCGAGGGUGAGGCUCUCGAAGAUGCGGCUCCUAAAGAUGAAACUGCUGAAAAUAUGACCCCGAAGUAGUUUUGGGUUUCCUUAUUUUGUUUCUGUUCAAGUCUCCCUUAUGUAAAUAUCUCCUAUUAAUCAUCUUUUGGAAAUA